AUUAAUAAAAUAAAUGUAGUAUCCACUGUCGCUGAAGUUCGUCUCUACAAUUUCUAUCCCUAUUAUAGUUGGAUUUGUAGGGAUGAUAGUUCUGCAGUAUUUUUAUUUUAUAGAUACCUUUGAAAGUUGGAAAGUCUUCACUAAUUAAUGGAUUGAAUAAAUGGAAAAGUAAAGACUUCAUAAUUUUGUGUAUCCUAAUAAAGUCAUUGCCGAAAGCUAGUUAAAUAAUAUAGCUUUUAUUAUGAGACUAAGCAAGUCUAUCAAAUUAAAAGUUGAUUAAGAUAUAAUAAUAAUACAUCCUAAAUACAGUCCAGUAUUUUGCUCUAUGAGAAGCUAUCAUUAAUAACUCUGUUAAAAUGCUGCUUACACACUAUUUUAAAAAAAUCCAUUAUUUUUAGAUUAGUGGUUUCAUAGAAAUAUUUAGGAUUAUAACAAUCUUUCUGCUCAAUAGCAGGACACUUUGCAUAAAUCAGUAGUUGAAAAUUUUAUUUUCAAAAUAAUUUAUAAAAUUUAUGGGAAUGAUUUAUUUGAAACAACCUUCUAAAGUAAAACUUAUUCAGAUUCUCUAAUGUCUACAGCACCUUCUAGGGCUUCAAACUAUGAGAAUGCAGCUUAUGAAACUUGCAUGCCAGGAUAAUUUCUAGAGGCUUUUGAUCCUAGAUGUCGCGAUUGGUACUUAGAAGCUCUUAAAAAUGAUCAUAUAAACAUUAAUGUUCCUUUACUGUUAUAGUCAUCAUAGUUUAUUGGAGUAGUUGCUUCAGCUUUCAUCAAGGCUACGAACAGUAAUAGUCAAAGCUGUGUUUAGGGAUUAAACAUCAGCAUAGAAAAUUUUAGAGAGAAGAUUCUUGCUCGGUAAGAUAAUGAUGACGUUACUAGCGACUAUGAAGGAUAUUCAGUUAUGUUUCAUAAGAUAAAUGCGACAAUAUUUAAUCACCGAUACUGGAAUAGAAAUAGCUAAUAACUUAAGUCUUGGGAUUAGAUUGAAUACAACUAAACAUCUACAUAUUUUUUGUAUGAACGGGAUUACUUUAUCAAUAAUUUAACUGAUAUUAUUUAAUAUUCAUAGAAUGGAAACUAUUCAAUCUACUAAAAGCAAAACAUAGAUCCAUUUUAUAUUAGCUUUUCUCGAGACAAUAAGAAAUAUUUUGGCUUAGUCUAUCCUUUAAAAAUUGCUUAAACUCUAACUAUGCAAAGAGUCAGCACUUCUUUCGCUUUAAGUAACCUCUUUCUUGGUAGAGUUCAUAAAGAUAUUAGAGAUCUUAUAGAGGAAGCAAACUUUAAUUUUAAUAAAUAUUAUAAAACUCUGAGUAUUGUUGAAACAGUUAUAACAUCUAUUAUAGUUAUUACUUUUCUCAUUAGAUAUUUUGUAUUUCUUUACAAUAGCCAUGAUGUUCCUCUAAAUUAAUUAAUUGUUUUUCUUCGUCGUAAAGAUCUAAAUGUGUAAAUUUCUUAGCCAUAAAUUUUUUAAAAUCCAAAGCAAGAAAUAAAUGCAUCUAUAGUCAACAAUUCUAUCCCUUAGCAAGCUCCCAUUUCAAAUAAUAUAAUAAAUUUUAAUGGAAUGCAAAAAUUAAAUUAAACUGACUUAAAUUUGAUCAAUAAUUAGAUUGGCACAGCUUUUUUAUCAAAAAAUAUCGGUUCUAUUGCUUUUGAUACAUCUGAGUAAGUUUCUUCAAAUGUCUACUUAAAAACAGAGAAAGAGUAAAAAAUUUUAAAAAUCUCUAAAAAUGUACUUUAACAUAGCCGCUUAAUUUUAAAUAAGUAAUAUAUAGUAGAUAAGGGGAAUUAUUGCCGGUCAAUCAAUAUAAAGAACCAUAAAACCAAAAAUUUAACGUAAGUUAAAUUUUUGGUUUUAUGGUUCUUUAUAUUGAUUGACCGGCAAUAAUUCCCCUUAUCUACUAUAUAGUAAUAAUCGAUUAAAAGUAAAAGAAUUCUUUAAGAGAUUUCAACCAAAUCCAAUAUAUUAAAAAAUGCAGCCAGUAUUUCCCAAAAUAAUAUUUAGAGUUUUAAGAUAUCUUAAAAUAACCAUUAAAAUGCUGCUCAAAGCUCUAAUGCUUCUAUUUUAGAGUCAACAUAGCUCAACAAAUCAACAGUUAUGGAACUAGAUGAUAUUUAAGGUAUUUUCAAAGAAAUGUAAGUUAUAAUUGACACUUUUAAAGGAUUAGAAAAUGUUAUUAAACUAGCUUAAUUUAAUCAAAAAAUGGGCAAUUAUCAGUCUUCUAUUAUCCAUUAUUCAGUUCUAAAUUAAAGGGUUAAAAAUAUUAAUAAUUUAAAUGCCACAGGUUCUUGUUACAUGAAUUUAGGUCUUUUGUAAUUAAAAGAAUCCCAAUUUGAAGAUGCAGCUUCGUUUUUUUAAUCUUCAGUUUAAUACACUCUAUAUGAAAUGAAUAUAAAUUCACUUAGCGAAUUUGUGAAUAAAAUCAAUUAAGGGGAAUUAAUUUAAUUAAAUAAUGGUGUAAAAUUGAUGUAUAAACUAUCUAAAAGGCUGAGAUUGCAAGCUGUUGCUUUAAUUUACUCAUAUGAAAGGAAAUAAGAUUAUAAAAACUCGUCCAUCUUGCAAUAAGCAUUAAAUUUACUAAAUAUUUCUAUAUCAAUUUAAAAUUUAGCUUAUAAUAGCUAUUCUGAACUUCAAAUUUAAAUAUGCAGAACUUUAAUUGCUGAAAUAUAUUUUUUGUAAGAAAAAAAUUAGUAGGCUUAAAUCAUGGUUGAAUUACUAUUAAACGAAAUAAAUUUGAACAAAUGCUAAGUAUAAGAUACUAACAUGAGUUUUCAUUUCUCAUUUAAGAAAAUACCUAUGUUUUUUAGUGAAAACCACAAUGGUUCUUUUGAAAAUAGUGAAAAAAAUACCUAAAGAAAAUUAAUAAGAAAUAAAAUAAAGCAUUCUACUUUGUCACUUAGCAGAAAAUUAUAAUUUCUCCAGAUAAAAUUAUCAAUUCAAGAUAGAGAAUAGAGCUAAUUGUAGUCUAUUAAGAUCUUGAUAGAAUAUCUAGAAUAAAAUAAAUACUUAGAAUCCUCUAUUUAAAAAUAGGUUUUAUUACUGAUAUAAAAUUUAAUUUCUGAAUUAUAAACUAAGCAUUUAAAAAUUAAACUUAAUCAAAUACAAACAUAACUUAAAGAGGAAUAAAAAUAUCAAUUCAAUUUAAAUAAUUAAGAUAGCCUAGAAUAGUAAUUUUAUUUGGAAAUGAACAAAGAACUUUAGAAAUAUAAUGAAAAUUCCUAUGAUUUACUGUUUUUAGUUAAUACCAAUAAUCUAUUUUCAAUAGAUAAUAUUUAACGUUAAUUAAGUAUCAUAUAAUAAGUGGGCGAAUAAUUUUUAAAAAAUGAUAAAGAUACUUUUUCUAUUUAUACAUAUGGGCAGUACACUUAAAUAAUUUGCCACAGGAUACCUUUCUCUAUGAAUAUAUUACUUUACUGUAUAGAUUUUAUAUAUAAAGAAAUUUAAAAAGAAACUUUCCCAAAUAAUAUGAAUUCAUAAUGUGAAAACAAUGAAAAUUAAGAUGGAGAUUAAUAAAAACCUUUAUGGGCUGAAACUAUUUGUAAUUUUCUAAAUAGAAACCAGGAUGAAAAUCUCAUUUAUGCUAAACAAAUAUUUUAAAGCAAAUAAAAAAGAAUUGCUAUUAAUUUUGGAGUACACAUGAGCAAUAAUUGCAAUGAAUUCUUUUAAAAUUUUUUAAUUUUGAUUGAAAAUAAAUAAAUUCUGUAAAACAUUUCUCAAAUUCUUAAUCUUAAUUUAAUAGAUUUAUAAAAUAAUAAAAAUUGCACUAAUGAAAACUACCAUUAAAAUGAUUGUACAAAAUAAUCAAAAGAUUAAUAAGAUCUUAACAAUAUAGCUACUUAUUAAGCAAAAUUUUAAUUACAAUAAUCAGAACGUUAUAUCGAAAUGUAUUCUAUCGAAAAUCUUUUACGCACCUUAACCUCAUAAAGAUAAUCAGCUGAUAAUGUUAAUGAAAUCUAUUUAAUUUGA